AAAAUCACACUGCAGAAAAAGCGAAAAAAGAAAAAGGAAAGCACUAUAAUUAUCCAUUCCACCAAUCCGUAUAUCUACUUUCGACCCACAAAUUUAAUAAAGCCUCACAUUCUCGGAAUACACAAAAACAAAUUAAAAUCUUCUUUUAAUAGCGUUAUUUUGUAGGGUUUCUGAUGUUUACUUUCUGAAACUACUACUAUUACUUUGGUUUGCUUAUAGACCCUUUUGCCGCCGAUUCCUUUCAAAUCUCCGUUACUCCGCCGAUCACCGGCAGUUUUGUUGUAUUGAGGUUACGUUUCAGUUCGAUCUACGUUUUUUUGAAUUUUUUCGACCGUUGAGUGAGUUCGCCGGAGAUGUCGGAGGUAGAGGCAGAGAAGACGGUGGAGGAAGAGGUGGUGAAGGGUGGUGAGCUGCUGUUUUGUGGAUGUACUAGUUGGGAUGCUAUUGGUCGCCGGAAAGUGGCGGAAGGGAAUUUGAUUUCUCCGACGAGGCUUCGACCGCUUCUUGGUGUCAACAUUUGUUUCGUUGCCUCUGGCUGCGCUUCUUGUCAUUGUGUAGCACUAGAUACUGAAGGACGUUGCUAUACAUGGGGAAGGAAUGAGAAAGGGCAGCUUGGUCAUGGAGAUAAAAUUACACGUGAUAGACCAACUGUUGUUUCUGAACUCUCCAAGCAUAAAAUCAUUAGAGCCGCAGCUGGAAGGAGCCACACAGUGGUAGUGACUGAAGAUGGACAGUCCUUUGCUUUUGGUUGGAAUAAACAUGGGCAGCUUGGUACAGGCUCUGCAAAAAAUGAAAUUGAAUCAUCUCCAGUCCAAUGUGCUGUCUCUGAAGUCAAAACUGCUACUUGUGGGGCUGAAUUUACUGUGUGGCUAACCUCAGUUGAAGGAGCUUCUAUAUUAACUGCCGGUCUGCCUCAGUAUGGUCAGCUUGGUCAUGGUACUGACAAUGAGUAUAAUACCAAAGAUAGCUCGGUAAAGCUAGCCUAUGAAGCUCAACCCCGACCUAGAGCUAUAGCAGCUUUUUCUGGAGAGACUAUAGUCAAAGUAGCUUGUGGAACAAAUCACACAGUUGCAGUGGAUAAGAAUGGAUAUGUAUACACGUGGGGAUUUGGCGGUUAUGGGAGGCUUGGUCAUAGAGAACAGAAGGAUGAGUGGACUCCUCGACGAGUUGAUGUUUUCACACGGCAGAAUGUCUUGCCUCCAAAUGCAGUGGUUUCAGCAGGUUCUGCCAACUCAGCAUGCACUGCUGGAGGAGGACAGCUUUACAUGUGGGGCAAAGUAAAGAACAGCGGGGAUGAUUGGAUGUAUCCUAAACCUCUUCUGGAUUUGAGUGGAUGGAACCUGCGAUGUAUGGAUUCUGGACAUAUGCACCACUUUGUCGGUGCUGAUUCCUCGUGCAUUAGUUGGGGCCAUGCACAAUCAGGGGAGCUGGGUUAUGGACCAACUGGACAAAAAUCUUCUGCAGUUCCUAAGAAGGUGGACAUUUUAGAUGGCAUGCAUGUUAUCAGUGUUGCUUGCGGAUUUGCCCACUCCAUGGUUGUGAUUGACAAGACCAAUGUUGAAGAUCGACUUGAUCAGCUUGACGUAUAUGAUGGCAAGGCUUCUGAGGAAGCGAGCGUAGAACCUGUGAGUGAAUCUCCAGUUUCUCAAAAGGCUUCCAAAAAAGGGUCUGCUAAGGCACCUGCAAAUUCAAAUAAGAGGAAGAAAAAAGAUGCAUCAUCUGAUUCUGAAGGUGAGGAGGAAAAUAGUGAUGAUGAGAGUGAUGACUAUGAAGAAAAAUCUAAUGGGCGAGCUAAGUCUUCCAGCAGAGGUCGUGGAAAGGCUGCUGGAAGAGCUACAGCAAGUAAAAAGGGCAGUGGCCGUGGGAGGGGUCGACCUCCAUCAGCAAGUAAAAGCUCCCAGCCUGAAGGGAAAGUAACGCCAGGUAAAAGAGGAAGGCCCAGGAAAUCGUAAGAGUACAACUUUCCUGGUUAAGCUAAAAGCUUCUCAAUAUGAUGAAGUGUAUCUUAUUCUCCAUUGGCUACUUAGUUGCACUUUAAAAAGUACAUCAUUUUCGUCAUUAUUUCCAUUCUACAUUCUGAAAUUUAGCAAGUGUAAAGCAUUUGUGCUUUAAAUUUGUUACCUGUAUUGACAUAGAGCAUUGACCGCGAAGAUGUAGGUGUUUGUCCGAGUUUGUACCUGGUCAAGCUCGUUUUUGGGGAGAGGAGAAAAAAGGGAAAGAAAAAAAAAACUUUUCUGGCAGUGAGGUGUAUUGGAUUUUUUCACUAACCUUAUAAGUUGUAGCAUUCCUCUCUGAUGGCUAAUUUCUUUGCUAAUU